AUGGCAACUCAAAAAGCGCCAACCGGGACUCAAGCCUUCAGGAGCAGACUCCAAACGGUCGGAUCUCAACUUGCACUUACCGCCAGAACAAAGACAAUGCAAUACACUCGAAAUCCCAAUACCGCUCAUGCCUCAAAAGCUUCUUCGCAAUCCGAACGUCGACUCGAAAAGGCCAACCGAGCCUCGAAAUGGCUCCUUCCGCAAGACAGAGAUUGCAGAUCAUGGGUUGUCUCCGAGUAUGAUGCACACCAAGAGAUGGAGAAGGAAAGACACCAGGCGCUUUUGGAGAAAAUCUCGAAUGCGGAAUAUUAA